GACGUGUAGGCUGAAGCCCUCCGUGUCUGACAUCUUCUGGACUCUGUUGUGCAGGACAGUUUUCCUCCACUGAAGCAGUAGCUGCUUUGACGGUGUAAACUGAUACCAGGAACCAUGGUGAACUGCUGCUGUGGGCUGCUGACUUUGACACAAGAACCAGUUCCUUUGAAGAGCGUGGAGGUGGAGGUGGAGGUUCGAGACCAUGUGGCUACAGUGGUCUCCACUCUGAACUAUGAGAACCAAGAGGACAAUCCACUAGAGGCUGUUUUUGUUUUCCCUCUGCCUGGAGAUGCUGCUGUCUGUCAUUUCAGUGCUAAGAUUGGACAAACAGAGAUUGUAGCUGAGGUGAAGGAGAAGCAGAAGGCUCGUGAGGAGUACGAUGAUGCUUUGAGCUCUGGCAGGCAAGCCUUUAUACUGGAGGAGAGUGAGCAGAGUCCAGAUAUAUUCUCUCUGAGUGUUGGCUGUCUUCCUCCAAAAGAGAGCGCCUCAAUCAGACUGGAGUAUGUCACUGAGCUAGCUGUUCAGGCUGACGAUGGGCUGAGGUUUUGUCUUCCUACUGUGCUCAACCCACGCUACCAACCUCAAGGGAGUGGCGAUCAAGGAGGCAGCAACAUCCGGGUGACGUCGAUUCCAGCCUCUAAGGUGCCCUACAGUCUGUCUUUCUGUGCCCGGGUGUCGUCUCCUCGUCCGGUGGUUAAAAUCGAGUCCAACUGUUCCCUCGAUCCUCUUCAGUAUCUCAACACAGAGCAAACCCAAGCCACGACCAAGCUGGCUGCUGGACACAAGUUUGACAGAGAUGUUGAAGUGCUGAUUUAUUACAAAGAUGCCCACCAGCCCACUGCUGUGGUGGAGGCUGGAGAGGCCUCUGCCAAACCUGGCACUCUGAUGGGUGAUCCAGCUGUGAUGCUGAGUCUGUACCCCGAGUUUCCCCAGUCUGUGAUGUCUUCAGUCACUUCAUGCGGAGAGUUUGUGUGCCUGCUGGAUCGAUCUGGGAGUAUGCGUGCGCCCAUGAACAACAGGAAGAAUCCCCAGAGGCGCAUUGGCAGUGCCAGGGAUAGUCACUGCAACAGAUCCACUGGUGGGCACAGCCGAGUCCGCCGACUCCGACCUCUGAGGCUGCGGUGGUGGGGAAGUCUCCCUCUGGCCACCCAGAGAAGCGGGACGCAGCGACUAACAGUCCACAGACUGGCUGCUCGGGCUCUGAUUCGCUCCCUGGAGAUGAAAAACCGAGAGUCCAAAGACCAGCAGGAUGAAAGUGUGAAGAAGAAGGUGGUGGAGCUGAGCGUACAGUCAGGAGUGAGCAGUGCCUUCACUGCCUUUGUCGCUGUCAACAAAGGUGAUGGUGAGGCAAUACAAGGACCUCUGGUGCUCAGAGAUGUGGAAACACCCAAAUGUCUGCCUGCAACUGAGUCCUCAACCAAAUACCACUGCCAAAGAGUUUACUUCCAGAUCAUGGUGUGGAUUGGAAAGGAAGGUGACAUGAACACAGUGGAUUGGGGAUGGAAACUGGUGGACAACCGGUUCCUGCCAGCUGUGUAUUUCAAUCUCUCAGCAGCUCCUGGCAAAGGCGGAGGUUUCUUCUCUAAAGGCAUAUUUAAAAUGGAAAAAUCUAAAAAACUGAGUUUAAAGAGUUGUAAAGCCUCCACCAAACAUGAAUUCUCUGAGCCCAGUAAGCCCCCCAUGGACCCUCUGCUCCAGCUGGUCUCCCUCCAGAAGGCAUCUGGAUGCUGGGUCCUGGGUCCAGAUCUUGCUGCUGCAGUGGGCAAAACCAGUGAAGAGGUGGAAAAGCAAAAGCCUGCAUUGGUGAACAAGGAAGUAUGGGCCACCAUUCUGUCUCUGAUCUGGCUUCAUGGUUUCAAGAUUGACGCUAAGGAAGAGUGGGAGCUUCUGGCCAUGAAGGCCGUGUCAUGGCUUCGUGCACAGCAUGCAUUGUGUGUGGAAGAGUGUGUGGACGCUGGAAAUGCACUGUUGGGCUGCAAAGUGCAGAAAGGCGCCCUGGGUCUUUGAGAGAUUAAUUACUUGCUUGUCCUGUAUUGAGAUUGCCUUCAUCAAUAAGCACUAUAAAUAUGAAUGUAUCUUUGAGUUGCUGCUGCUGGUCCCUCAUGCUUUUGCCAACGUUUUUUUCGUUUUUGCACCUGAAUCUGUCUGUGCUGUGUUUGUCAUCUCAUUGCACACCACACACUAUAAGAACAAAAUGGUUAAAUAUAUCAGUGUUUUUUGCCAUCAUUGUAGAGUCGCUCAUGUUUUCAAAAUCAGUCCAGAUUUGAAGAAUCUUGUAAAUGUGUGCCAGGCUUUACUUUCCUUUAUUUCUUCUUAGAACACACUUUUUGGUGUGAUGGUACUUAAUCUGUCAAUCGUGUUCGUAGUCUAAAAUCUGUGUCAGUUCCUUGGCUGCCUUCUGUCAGCUGACUGCAAUUCAUCACAGCAGGUAAUGCCAUGACUUUUGUUAUGUACCUCUGACAAACUCACUUUAAAUUAUCCAAACUGCCUUUAAUGCCAAAUGUGCCAAAUCAACUGACAAUUAAACUGAACAAAAUAAGUGCUAGUGGCUUUAUUUCUUACACCACAUGUUCUUUAUUCAUUGUUCUGUAAAAACUGAGUGACACUGGUUACAUUUAGAGAGGUUUAAAGUCGUUUGAAAAACUGAAAGCUUUGAGUCUGUUUAGAGAGAAGAUUUCAGGCUCCAAAAGGCCCCUCAGCUAGUGAACAUGACAGGAAGACUCCAUUUAACAACAAGAUAAUGACCUGUUUUUGAGUUUUAGUCUUUAAACUGGUGUUAGGGGGGUGCUCCAUGAAAGUGGAUAAGGGGUUUAGCUUGGCUUACUUUGGUUAGUCUUGUUUUUUUAGUCAUAGACCGUUGAAAGCAUGUGUGUAAUGUCAGCCGUUUGAUAGGUGGACUCAAACAGCUUUUGAAGCCAAUCCGCAGCAGCUUCCAUAUUAAAAUCACAGUCUCAAGUAAACUAUGGAUCAGCCUUACUUAUUAGCUCAUGUCUUCAUGAACACACACUUUAUGGGGGUGAAUUUUUUGUACCACAAUUGUUUCGAUUAUAUUCAGGAAAAACUUAAUUUUGCACUGAUUGGCGCGUCUAAUUUGACUGACAGAUAGCGUGACACGCAGACGCUACCUACCUAAACCAGGCGGCGAGCUUCAGUGAAAGCUUAGCUGACAGGAAGUUGAGCUCAGUGAGCGGGCUCUUGUCUACAGUUAAGUUGAUCCAAAGUUCAGUUGGGAAAACAAUUUCAAUACAGAAGUCACCAUGGAUUGGCUUCAAAAGCUGUUUGAGUCCGUCUGUUGUAAUCAAACGGCUGACGUCACACAGGUUUUGUCCAAUUUUUACAGUCUAUGCUGCAACCAUAGUUUUACUGUUUUGUAUUUUAUUUUGAAAUCCACAGCGGAAGUUUGCCCCACGCAUUAACCAGAGCCCAUCUCUCAUUAGCAAACACGCUUGUCCUGUUGGUAAGUUGCCCCCCCUAGCUUAGCUCAGACACAAAGCACAAGUCAGAAAUUCUGUUGAUAUAAUGCAUAAAAUCAGCCAGUGUUCAUGUUUGCACUAAUAUCUAACACAAUACAUAAGGAAACUGUCAUUUGUUGCUUUGUUAACAACUUUUGAUUCAGUUUGUAAGAACUAGUAAUGCCAGCUAACCGCUGCUGGUUCAAGGAGUCUACCUGACCGGUAUGUCUUUUAACAUGGAACUUUGUAGUCUGGGCGGGAACAGUGAGCGACUUGCUGUUAAUUGCGUACCACUGUGGUUGUGUGUGUGCUGUCCCAUGUUUUCCAGAUAUGUUUAGUAAGUGUUAUCUAUAUUUUAUUGGACCGUAUUUGUUGGUUGCACUGUCACUAUUUAAUGUUUUUGAGACGCGUGUGCUGGGGCAUGUUUUCACCACUAGAUGGUGCUACUGACUCAUUUCUGUUUCUCAAUGCUGCAAGGUGCUUUGGUCUGUGAGUAUUGUGCUUUUCUGUCUGUAAACUGAUAAUGUGAUACAAGCUACUUGAAAAAUAUUUUCAGUUUAACAAUUCUGCAUUUCUUUUUGAUUGUAUAUUACUCUUAUGAAACCUCCAAAGUACUUUAUUUUUGUAAGAGAUUUUUUGUUACCUUUUUGUAUACUAUUGAUUUAACAUUUUCCUGUAACUGGACAAAUUAUACUACUAUAAGGUCACUGUAUAGUAGCAAACGGUCAUGUGUUGUGUUCUGGGUGGGAACAGAUACCUGAGAGACUUGCUGUUAAUUAAUUCUGCACAAUUAUAGUUGUAUGUGUGCGCUGUCCCAUGUUUUCCAGAAUAAACCAGUCCAAGUGCUCCAUCCUGACUCUUGUCCACUGUAUCACAACAGCAGCAAAGCAAGGUAAGAAAGGUCACACUAGCACAUGGCUACUGACAACAAUGCAGGAAAACUACGACAUGGAUGGACUUUGAUUUAAUCAUCAGUGAUAUAAUGAAGCUGAAACCUGGAGGACUGCAGACAGAUAAGUCACAUAAACACGAAGCAGCAGCCAUGAGCUUUGCUUCAGCCAAUCUAUUGAGUAGAGGACAACACGGAAGUAUUCUCUGUGAAAGUUUAUCUUUCUCUUCUCCACAUAACCACCAUGGUUGGAUUUUAUAGUUUCUAGUUUUAAGUGAACAGCUGCAGUUGAGUUAAUCACCUUAAGGUAGCCUCACACCUAAUGACUUUUCCUCCGAUGUCAAAGUUACAGACGCAAUUCCAAAGUUGUACAAUCAUGGGAGCACUGAUAGACAGACAGACAGACAGAUAGAUAGAUCGAUCUACAUACAGUACCUCAUUAUUUACCAUUUCAGAAUGAAAUACAAAAACUAAGAGUCAUUUAAUAAUAUCAAUCUUUAUCUUAUGAGUAGGGAUGCAUGAUAUUGCAUUUUUGCCGAUAUGCCGAUAUUUAUAGAUUCAUUUUAGCCGAUACCGAUAUUUAAGUAUGUUUGACAUAACCAAAAAUUUAGUCCUCAGAACAUAUUUUAGGGUUUGAGGAUAAAAAAAAGAAACAAACUGUUUUUCUUAAAACACACUUUUAAGUUUAAAGAAUGACGAUAAAUACAGAAAAAGAUUUUAACUUACCAAGGUCUGUUGGUCCAGCCUAAAACUCCACUAAUUUAUCAGUAUGGCCAGAUUUUAUAUUUGAUGCAUGCUGAUAUCCAUGGCUAAAAUAUCGGCUGCAAAUAUCAGCAGAAAUUUUG